UCGUUCACGAACAGCACAUCUGUGCAGCUCAUGAUGAUUUCACUUCCAGUCCUCGUUACAACUGUUUCUUAUACACUUUCUUAGGACGCCGGAGAAAUGGAGGCGGUGCACACUCAAGGCGUUUGGAUCGCUGAAUUUCUCCAGCAGCAGACAAAGGACUUGGAGCACUUCUGGCUCACCGUCACUCACAUCGGGGACCCUAAAGCGGCGUUUCUGCUCGUAUUCCCGUUCACCUAUUUUGUCUGUAAACGAGCCGGUGUUGCGGUGCUGUGGGUCGCGGCUCUGUCGGAGUGGUUUAACCUGGUGUUUAAGUGGAUGCUGUUUGGAGAAAGGCCGUUCUGGUGGGUCGGCGAAUCUCAACUCUUUGUCACCACAAAACCCCAAAUUUCCCAGUUUCCAUCCACCUGUGAAACUGGCCCAGGUAGUCCAUCAGGACAUGCAAUGGUGACGGCAGCCGUCUGGUGGGUGGUGGUGUCGUCCCUCAGCUCGUUUUUGUACUCCCGCACUCACAGCUGGCUGAUUUCAGCUGCUCCCUAUCUGCUUUACGUUCUACUGCUGGUUGCAGUCGGAAUAUCCAGGAUCUUUAUCCUCGCCCAUUUUCCUCACCAGGUUGUUGCUGGUUCCAUUACAGGGUUCAUUCUGGGGAUUCUUCUGGGCCGCAGAGUGCCAGAAGGGCGCCCCCUGCUGUUCUUCCUGAGCAUCAGCGCUGGCCUGCUGCUCAGUGCUCUGACACUGAAUGUUGGCCUGCAGCAGCUUGGCAUCGACCUCUCCUGGUCUAUAACUUUGGCUAAGAAAUGGUGCAGCCAUGCUGAGUGGAUCCGCUUGGACACAGCACCGUUCUCCUCCCUGACCCGGGACUGCGGGGCCCUUCUUGGUCUGGGGCUGUGCCAGUACUGGAAGCCGGGUGGGUGGUCCCUGCCGUGGGCUCCCAGAGCCCUGUCCCUGGCCGUCUCGUCCAUGGUACUCUACCACGUGAACCGCCUGCCGCUCCCCGUCAAUCCACAGGGCCUCUUCUACAGCUUGGUCUUCGUCAAGUUUGCCCUGGUGCCUCAGAUUGUCAUAGUGCUGGUUCCUGGACUGGUUCACCUUUUCACACGCAAAAAGAAAAAGGACUAGGGGUGAUCCUCUUCUCAUGAGUUCAAAUUGUCUUUUACAUUCCCCCAAAAAAAAAAAAACAGCUUUCUUCCGAGGAUAUACUCCAACUUUAAAUUUAUGUUGUAUUUUAGAGAUUAUCUGCUGGGUCACGGUGUUAUUCAGUAACCGACAUUUGAUUUUCAUUUUUUUUUUAUAUAUAUAUAUAUAUAAAAAUUAGUCUGUCAGAAUAUUUUCAGCUGUUCUGCUGAUCGCACUCCCACCUCAUUCAUAGUGUUUAUAAGGGAGCUUUCAUGCUUUACAAAUGUGCAGUAAAAAUACUGUCGGCGUUCUAGGUGUUAAAAACUCUGCUGUAUUAUCGCAAAAUCGUUUGAUUGUACGAGGCACGGGCUGGUAUCAGUGCUCCACAGUUUCACGGCUUUUAAACAAAAGCGUAUUAAGAACAAAACAAAAAUGAUCCAGUAAAUUGGUCAUUACAACCGCAACAGUUAAAGUGACAACAUUUAUCUAUCAUUCUGGUUUUGAUAGGUACACUAAAGCAAAAAUACUGGAUAUAUUAGCAAAUUUCUGGAGCUAAUUGUCCAGAUCUUGUCUCAGUUUUGUUGUUCUGGUCCUUAGAGAACCAUCAGCUGAGAAUAUUUCCAAAAGUUGCAGCAAUUGUUACGGACUUUGUCUGGCAUCUCAUGAAAAGGAUUUUAACCUUUAGGAAAUGUUUGAUGGACAGUUUGAGGUUUAAAAGCUGUGACGUUUAAAAAGCUCAGUGUACCAUAGUGCAUAGUGUACCCAGCCCAUGCCAGUGUGUGGCUACUAAAGAUUGUGUCACAUUGUUUAAUGUUUAAAGUUAUAAGCACCUUAAUACACAUCAUAGAUGUGUCUAAAGAUUACUUUUUUUAUAUAUACAGACCCUGAUAAACAAAUACAGGUUUAAUGUUCUUUGACAAUGUUCAGUCACAUCAAAAAUAAACAUUACAGAAGUGGGGUUUAAUAAACGGGUUUAAUAAAAGUAUACCUCAAAGAAUGAAAUGCUCCUUUUCUGGCUUUUUCAGUUAAGUUGAUUCCUUUGAGGACAUCAUUAAUGAAAAACAAUAUUCUUUAUCAGUCAAGUUCCUAUAAUUUCUUCAAGUAGCUGAUGUACCUAGAUCCCAAAGUUCUGAAGCCUGGAUGGUAAGAAGCACUGAUCAACCUUUGGUUUGACUGAAUGAGAAAAAAAAACGUCUAAGUGUCCAGGUAGAGAUAACGACUGGCGUCUGCCGUUCGCCUUUGGCUGACAUGUUGCGCCGUAUUGAUGUUACUUUGGAAACGGGCUUUAUUGUCUUUUGGCCAGCGCAGAUUCAGGAUUCAGCCCUGAAUCAUCAAUUGUCCGUAUCUCCUUCUCUUCAGCACAUUGUAGCUUUGUUUUGUUCUGUGUAGGUGUUCAUGAUGUUUUUAUUUUUUUUUAUCCAAUAGCUGCCUCACCAAAACCCCUGUUUCUGCCAAUUUGUCUAUAAUUUACUACUUUCAAGGUAUGCUGCUUUCAGUUUUUUUUGUCCUGACCUUUUAAUUUCCUCUCUGGUCCAGCUGGUUGUUUCCUUUUUUUCCCCAGCCUUCCCAUAUUGCCCAUUUCAGCUUUUACACCCUGAUGACUGAAAACAGCAAAACUCAGGCAAACAAUAAGGAUUUCCCUUCUUGAUGGGGUUUUGGAAUUUGUCCUACUGGUUCCUUCUCAUUAGAGAAUUAGACCUAUGGUGGUAUAAAAAAAAAAAAAAGGCAAAUUAAGGACAUUCCGUAAUAUUUUGCUCUCUGUGAUCUAAAGAAAACAAAGUUUGAUUAAUAAGAACGGCAUUUAAUUUGUUUUAAGGUAUGUUUAACAAAGACUGUCAUAUCAUCUAAACUAAUUAGAAGAUCACCAAAAAGGUUGUUUAUUUCUGCAAGUCAAUUCAAAAAGUAAAACAUCUUUAUUGUAUAGAAUCAUUGCACAUAGUGGGAUAUAUUUCAAGUAGUUAACCGUUUAGCUUUGCUUAUGGCGAACAAAAGUUGAAAAGUUGAAAACUGAUGACUUGUCCUUUAUCAAGAAGAAAGUUAUGAACAUAAAAGGUCACUGCUAAAGAAGGCGGCUGUUCAGAGAGCUCCAACUGUCUUAAUGGAAAGUUGGGUGGAAGAAAAAAACUAUUGUAGAAAAAUGUGCCCAGGCAAAUGGGAUAACUACAUCCCGUUUGAGGAUUGUGAAGCAAAGUCCAUUCAAGAGUUUGGGGGAAGAUUGAAGAGCUUCCAGAGACAGAGCAGAACAUGGGCUACAACUGUUGGACGUCUCGUGUUAAGCCAAUCCAGAACCAGUGGUAACAUCAGAAGUGCAUUACCUAGGUUCAGGUGAAAACUGACUAGAUUGUUGUCCUAUGGUCCAAAGUGUUUUUUUCAUAACCGCGAAGGCUUUAAAAUAACCAUAAAGUAAAAUGUCUGUAUUAUAGUUCUCUCAGAAACAGAAUUUUUGUUUUUCUUUAGCUAUAAGCCAGCCUCGUCAAAACAAAUACAAAUAAUCAUUUGUAUUAGAUCCCUCUAUAGAAUCUAUACAGUAUUGUGUCGUUUUUCUUUUUUAACAAGAAGUUAACUUGUCAGUGUAAUUCUAAUGUAUUGAGAUAUACCAGUAUUAAUGAUUUUUGUUUCUACAAGUUAAAAAAAAAAUCAAAACAUUCUCCAAGACCGUUGAUUUCAUGUUUGUUUGUUUUUUGCCAGUGGAUGUAAAGUAAGAACCGUCAUGCUUGUGCAACAUUUUGGGUUCAUGUCGAGCAGGAGUUUGAUACUCAUACAGUGUUUUAAUUUAAAUAAAAUUUUAAUUUAGUGUGUUUUAAUGGAGCAAAAAAAGAAGAAAAAAAAAUGACCAUGACUAUGCAAUGCACAAAUCAAGCAAAUAAACGACUGACGUGCAUGGCGUGUUUCAGUUUAUAACCAUUUAUAAAUAUGUUCUUUUUUUUUUUUAAUACAUAGUUUGGACUGUACAUGUUACAAUCAGUUAUCAUGAGAUAAAAACACAUUCUUUUUUAACAUUUUUAAUGAAACUUUUUUUGUCACAGCGAUCUGAAAGCUCACAUUUACAGACAAGAGAACUCUGCUCAGCAAGCAAAUACGUUAAAACUAAAAUAAAAGGAAACCUUUUGCUCGUCUGGUGAGGCUGAAGGAGAAUGAUGAGGACAGUUCAGGGACAGCAGUAGUCUCCUUAUCUUAACCCCCGACACCGUUAUCACACGCUGCUAUACAUGUUUCUGCUGGAGCAUCAUGGGAAGAAUAGAACAUGCAUUGGACUAUUUACAGCGAACUAAUAUACACGUACAGCUCGAACUCGAACGCCCUCGGUUUCCCACAACUGAAG